AUGAUUAUAACUCCACUGCCAGACACCAAGGUGACCACUCGCCAGAUUCCAGAGUGGCACCACAUCCCGAACACUUCGAUCCAAUCUAAGCCGCUCAUGAUUUAUCAUGGAGCCUUCAAUGCCGUAUCCACAGAGCUUGAGGAGCAUCUGGAGGCGGUGGGCGAGGUCGCUCCUCAAUGGGUAUAUAGCAUGUACCGCCAAACCCACUUCCACUCCACAACGCACGAAGUCCUGGGAGUUGUUUCAGGGAGCGCGCGUCUUUGUUUUGGAGGCGAGGAUAACCCCGAGCGGUUUGAGCCAAUGGUUCAGCGCGGUGAUUUGAUAAUUGUGCCUGCUGGGGUGGGACAUCGACUCUUGGAGGACCUGCACGGCCAUCAGGAAAUCUUUCAAAUGGUUGGCGCAUAUCCACAUGGAAAACAGUGGGAUAUGUGCUACGGGAAACCAGACGAGAAAGCCAAGAUGCAGGAAAUCAGAAACGUGGCAUGGUUCCGUCAAGAUCCGUUGUAUGGCGCUGACGGUCCUGCUUUGCAUGUCUAA